UACUACUCACGACGCCUGUCGAUUGGAAUCAUUGAGAACGUGACAUCAAACUCGGUUCACGGGCGCACAUCUCUUGCCUUUUUAAAUUUCUUUUAGGUGGAGUGGCAGUGGCCCUGUGCUGUGCAAGGUUGAGAGUUGCAGCAACCGAGCGAGAGCGAGAGCGAGAGCGAGUUGAAUCUCAUGAAGUCACAAGGUUGUGACGUUGAAGCCAAAGGCAUCACCUACCACAUCCCCGUCUCGACCGCAUCGUGCAAUCUCUUCCCAAGGAUUUUAUGGAGAAGAGAAGAGGAGGCUGGAUCAUGCAGCGUUAAAGGAGGCAACGACAACGGAGGCCGUAGCGUUCUCAAGAACGUGAGCUGCCGGGCGAAAUCUUCGGAGAUCCUCGCCAUCGUUGGUCCCAGCGGCGCAGGGAAGUCCACAUUGUUGGAGAUUCUGGCUGGUAAGAUCACGCCCACCACCCCGCCUACCAUACUCAUCAAUCGCCGCCCGGUGGAGAAGCCUGACUUCCGGCGGAUGUCCGGCUACGUCACGCAGAAGGACACUCUGUUCCCGCUGCUCACGGUGCGGGAGACGCUGCUGUUCAGCGCCCGCCUACGCCUCGGAUGCCAUGGGUGCUGCCGUCCGUCCGAGCUCAGGUCCCGGGUGGAAGCCCUGCUCCAGGAGCUCGGCCUGCGGCACGUGGCUGACGCCUGGGUCGGCGACGGCGCCCGCGUCCGGGGAAUCUCCGGCGGAGAGCGCCGGAGAGUCUCCAUCGGCGUCGACGUCGUCCACGACCCGAGAAUACUCAUCCUGGAUGAGCCCACGUCGGGGCUCGACAGCACGUCGGCGCUGCAGAUCGUUGAGAUGCUGAAGGCCAUGGCGGAGAAGCGCGGACGCACCAUCAUCCUGAGCAUCCACCAGCCCGGCUUCCGCAUCCUCAAGCUCUUCGGAUCCCUACUCCUCCUCGCCGACGGAGGAGUCGUCCACCACGGCACGCUCAACGAGCUCCACGCCCUCCUCUGCUCCACCGGACUCGACCUCCCUCGCCACGUCAACGUCCUCGAAUUCGCCAUGGACUCCAUCGACGUUCUCCGCCGCUCCAACCAUCACCAACGAGAAGAUCAACAAGAAGUGGCGCCGGCGACAACAAGGGGAAGAAAGGAACAAGGGAAGAAAGACCGGUGCACUCUGCAGCAGCUCUUCCAACAGAACAAGGUGGUGGACGAGGAGUCACUUGCUCGGCUCGAAGACGACGACCACGACGACGACGACCUCAUCUUGCGCGACUAUGCCAACUCUGGUCUCUGCGAGAUCGCCAUCCUGACUCACCGCUUCGUCAAGAACGUGAUGCGGACUAAGCAACUAUUCGCGUGUCGAACGAUCCAAAUGCUCGUCGCCGGCCUCGUCCUCGGCUCCAUCUUCUUCCACCUCAAGGACGAGAAUAUCCGAGAACGAGUCGGCCUCUUCGCCUUCAUCCUAACCUUCCUGCUCUCCUGCACCACCGAAGCCCUGCCCAUCUUUCUCCAAGAAAGAGAGAUCCUAAUGAAGGAGACAUCGAGCGGGAGCUACCGCGUGUCCUCCUACGUGAUCGCCAACGGGCUCGUCUUCCUCCCCUUCCUCUUCAUCCUGGCUCUGCUCUUCUCCGUGCCGGUGUACUGGCUCGCCGGUCUCCGCCCCACCUUCCCCGCCUUCAUGUACUUUCUGCUCCUGAUAUGGCUGAUCCUCUACACCGCCAACUCGAUGGUGGUGUGCUUGAGCGCUCUGGCGCCCAAUUUCAUCAUCGGCAACUCGAUCAUCUCCGGCGUGAUGGGCACCUUCUUCCUCUUCUCCGGUUACUUCAUAUCGAAGCAAUGGAUGCCGAGCUACUGGGUGUUCAUGCACUACAUUUCGCUCUUCAAGUAUCCAUUCGAGGGGUUCCUGAUCAACGAGUUCUCCGGGGCGGGGAAAUGCUUGGAGUACGGCUUCGGGGUGUGCCUUCUGAGAGGGGAUAAUGUGCUGCGGCAGCAAGGGCUGAAGGAGGAGUGCAGGUGGAAGAAUGUGAUCAUGAUGGUGGGCUUCAUCUUGGUCUACAGGUUCUUCUCCUUCCUCAUCCUCAGCUGCAGGUGUGCGUGGGUACAGAAAGGUGGGCUCAAAAGAGCCUUUCAGUGAGAUGAACAACCACAUCACUGGUAUCUAUAUCUAGCUAGCUUGCUAGCUACGUGAAUGUAUGAUUUGCUCAAGGACCUUAUCAUAAGUUUUCUUAAUUUCUUUUCUCAUCCUUUUCUUAAUCCCAUUUGGUCUUCAAUUUGUUAAUACUUUGCUGUAAUUUAAUCGUCUGAUUUGUCUUAUCCUUUUAUGUUCUUCCUGUGUAAACAAGUAGCUGUUAUAUAUAUCGUGCUUGAUUAUAAGCUCA